GAGCGAGGUGGUGGGUGGCGCCACCGGCAGGAGCCGGGAAUAUGGACAGAGGCCUCGGCGGGGCUGCUCCGAGGGGCUCCGUGGCUGCGGCUGCGCUGGCGCCGCUACCGCCAAUGAAAUGGCGCCCCGAGAGCGGCCGGUAGCGGCGCCUCCUCCUCCUGCCGCCGCCAUGCGCAAGCGAGGGCCCCGGAAAAGGCUCAAGUUCCGGGCGGAGGACGUCUGCCUGGAGCGCGUGACUGUGGCCGACUACGCCAACUCAGACCCCGCCGUGGUGAAAUCUGGGCGCGUGAAGAAGGCCAUAGCCAACGCGGUGCAGCAGGAAGCAAAAUCAUUCUGUGGUUUGGAAGCAUCUUGUGUACCUACUGAUGAAGUAUUAUCAGUGACAGAGUCCUGUGACAGUAGUGAUGAAGUGGAUUCUAAGGAUUCCAUUAAUGAUAGAAUAUCAUCUAGAAAAAAGAAGAGCAAGAGGUGUAAAGAAAACUCUGAUGAUGUGGUAGGCAAAGAAUAUCCUAUUGAUAUUUGGUUGAUGCUGGCAUCCUACAUACGUCCAGAAGACACUGUGAAUUUUUCUCUAAUUUGUAAAAGAGCCUGGACUGUCACUUGCACUGCUGCCUUUUGGACCAGACUUUAUAGAAGGCACUACAAUAGGAAUGCUAUCCUCCCGAUCCGUUUACAGCCAGAGUCAAUGGAAAAGAUGUACUGCCUUCGUGCAUGUGUAAUUCGGUCUUUAUACCAUAUGUACAGACCUUUUGUUUCUCGUAUAGCCAGAAAUCCAGCUAUUCCAGAGAUUACUCCAAGCACUCUAAAAAAUUCAAAAUGUCUGCUUUUCUGGUCGAAAAAGGUUGACCAGCAGUCUUCACUGUGGGAAUUCAGCUUCAAAUUACAAAGGCAGUCUCCAAGGUUCAAGAAUAGCUGUUCGAAACGUCUCCAACCUCCCCUCCGAUAUGAAGAUGUCCACAUGAACCCUGACCAAGACUGCUGCCUAUUGCAGAUCACUACCCUCAAUUUUAUAUAUAUUCCUAUAGUGAUGGGCAUGACCAUUACCUUGUUCACAAUAAAUGUAAGCACGGAUAUGAGGCAUCACAGAGUGAAAAUGGUAUUCCAUGAUUCUCCAAUUUGGAGUGGCAAGAAACCAAGAUUUGACCAUGGAGUGCAAGUUGUAAUGGACCCUGUACACAGUGUGCGUCUUUUCGAUUGGUGGCAUCCACAGUUCCCAUCUUCACACAUCUAAAAAAAUCCUUAGUAAUGUACAUCCUAUGAACUGGAAAAAACUCAAGGAAGUUUAAUUUUAUUUGUAGUAUAUUCUAUACGAUCGCCAUAAAUGACUAAACUUAAUAGUCCAGUCUAUGCUUAUAUUUGAUCACACAUAUGAAGAAAACUGUUGUAAUGAAAUUACAUAAACAUUUCUGUAAGUCGUCAUAUGAUCUGGAAAAAAAACUCAGCUAAUUUUUUUCUGUUGCUAA